AUGUGGGGUGUGUGCCUUCAGUGUGGCUGUGCGUGGCUGGAGCGGGAGGUGCUGUCUCACAACCUGUACACGGUGCUGUGCAUCCCCCACGAUCCCGUGGCACUGGAAGAGCAUUUCCGUGAUGACGAUGAUGGGCCAGUGUCCAGCCAGGGCUACAUGCCAUACCUGAACAAGUACAUCCUGGAUAAGGUGGAGGAAGGUGCUUUUGUCAAAGAAAACUUCGAUGAGCUCUGCUGGACCCUCACAGCGAAGAAGAACUACAAACCUGACCGGAACGGGAAUAGCGUUGUAUCCCACCAAGAUGCUUUCAAGCUCUGGUGUCUCUUCAACUUUCUGUCUGAAGACAAAUACCCUCUUGUCAUGGUGCCAGAUGAGGUGGAGUACCUGCUGAAGAAGAUCUGUACAGCCAUGAACGUGGAGCUGAACUCCUGUGAGCUGGAUGACUACCUGUCCCAGGAGCCGCAGGGGCAAGAGGGGCUGACGGUCUGGCAGUUCCUAGACAUGGUGAACUCAGGGCGGUUCCUGCGAGGCAUCGAGCAGGAGGCCAUCAGCAUGGCCGUGGAGGAGGUGUACCAGGAGGUCAUCGAGGAUGUGCUCAAACAGGGAUACCUCUGGAAGAGGGGCCAGCUGAGGAGGAACUGGUCAGAGCGGUGGUUCAUGCUGAAGCCCAGUGUCCUGUCCUACUACAUGAGUGAGGAACGGAAGGAGAAAAAGGGGAGCAUUGUGUUGGACAAGCACUGCUGUGUGGAGGUGCUGCCUGACCGGGAUGGGAAGAGGUGCAUGUUCUGUGUGAAGACCUCCUCCCGCACCUACGAGAUGAGCGCCUCCGACACCCGGCAGCGCCAGGAGUGGACGCUCGCCAUCCAGACGGCUAUCCGGCUGCAGGCUGAGGGAAAGAAAUCCCUGCACAAGGACCUGAAGCAGAAGCGACGGGAGCAGCGGGAGCAGCGGGACCAGCGCAAGGCAGCCAAGGAGGAGGAGACGCAGCGGCUCAAGCAGCUGCAGGAGGAGAAGGAGAGGAAGCUGCAGGAGCUGGAACUGCUCAAGGAGGCCCAGCGGCAGGCAGAGAUCCUGCUGCAGGAAGAGGAGCAGCGGCGGAGGCAGCAGCACGAGGAGAUGCAGAGGACCCUGGAGAUCCAGCUGCGGGAAGCUGAGCAGGCUCGUGCCUCCAUGCAGGCAGAGAUGGUCCUGAAGGAGGCAGAGGCAGAGCGUCAGCGCAAGCGCAUCCUGGAGCUGGAGGCCAUGCAGGAGCGGCUCCAGGAGGCCCUGCAGCAGGAGGUGAAAGCUCGGCAGGAUGAGGAAGCUGUGAGAUACGCGCAGGCCAGGCUACUGGCUGAGGAAGAGGAGAAACUGAAGCAGCUGAUGAAGCUGAAGGAGGAGCAAGAGGAAUAUAUCAUCAAAACUCAGCGGGAGAAGCAAGUCCUCAAGCAGGAGAUGGAGAACAAAAACAAAUGUCUGGAAGAGGCACAGAAGCAGCUGGAAGAAGUGAGAGUGAACAGACAACGGGUGGACCAAGACGUCAUGGCAGCCCAGCGGAAGCUGCGACAGGCCAGCACCAAUGUCAAGCACUGGAACGUCCAGAUGAACCGACUGAUGCACCCCAUCGGGCCGGGAGACAAGCGUACAAACGUGAGCGGAGGAGUCUUCGCUGGCUACCAGCCCCUCCUGUCCCAGAGAGAUUCUUCCCUCAAACUCAAGCAGAAAGUGGAGGAUAAAAGCAGUGGCCCCAUGACAGACAACAGCGAGGAAAACGUGAGCAAUGGUGGGAACAGUGGUGUUCUGCCGUCUCCAGAUGUGGACACCAUGGCCACAGAGCCCACCAAGUAGCCCAACAGGAUGGCAGAGCCCAGCUGGGAAUGGUAGGGCCCAGCUUGUCCCUCUGAGCAGACAGUUGGUGCGGCUAUCUCUGGGUGAAGCCAAGUGUGGACCAGCACAGAGCCUACAGGGGACUGCAUGAGGCAGAGAUGCUCCCAUUUCCAUCAGUAAAGGGCUGCAGCCACCACGUGCCAGGAGGCUCAGGCAGCCCAACUCUGGGGAGAGGGCGGCAGGACCAUCUCCUCUGGGCUGCUGGACUCAACUCCCUGCACUCUGGUUUCUACCCUGCCCUAAAAAAGAGGCACUGGUGGGUCAGGACUGCGUGGCUCAGGGCUGCAGUUUCCCCUUGGUUUCUACCACAACCCUUCUGCAUCGCCUGCUGAACCCCAGGCUGUGGGGCCCUGCCAGGGAUGCUUGGGCCAACGGAGCGUGACCUUCUCAUCGCCCCCCCAGCACGGCCAGGGUGUCCUUAACUACCACUGUGUUCCCUGAUGGUGGUUGUUAGUCCUAGAGUCACUUAGAAUUAGCAGAAACCAACAAGCAAUAAAGCUUUUGGAGCCGGUGGCCACAGACCUCCUGCCCUGCACACUGGUGGCCCUGCAGGCACCAGCCCUUUCUCCUGAGCAUUGUGGGUUUUGGGUUCCCCCUAUAGGAAAGGGCCCUUUGAAAGGAAUCAGUGGAAAGUGGCUCCACCAGUAGAUUUUGGGUUGGUCUGGAGGGCCAAGAGGGAUGUAAAAUAAAACAAAAAAA